CGCCGCCGCCGCCGCCUGAGCAGGCCCUUCCUUUCCUCACCCGUCGCCUUUCUCUUCUUCCUCCUCCUCCUCCUCCUCCUCCUCGUCCGCCGCCGCCUCUUGUGGCGGCGGCUGCGGCGGCUCCGCCCGUGCCGGUGGCAACAGCAGCGGCGGCAGCAGCCAUGACGCUGGAGUCCAUGAUGGCCUGUUGCCUCAGCGACGAGGUGAAAGAGUCGAAGCGCAUCAACGCCGAGAUCGAGAAGCAGCUGCGGAGGGACAAGCGCGACGCCCGCCGGGAACUCAAACUGCUCCUGCUCGGCACAGGAGAGAGUGGGAAAAGCACCUUCAUUAAACAGAUGCGGAUAAUCCAUGGCUCGGGCUACUCUGAAGAGGAUAAAAAGGGUUUCACCAAACUGGUGUACCAGAAUAUCUUCACUGCCAUGCAAUCAAUGAUCAGGGCUAUGGAGACCUUAAAGAUCCUAUACAAAUAUGAGCAAAAUAAGGCCAAUGCACUACUGAUCCGAGAAGUGGAUGUAGAGAAGGUUUCAUCCUUUGAACAACCCUAUGUAAGUGCAAUUAAGACAUUGUGGAAUGACCCAGGAAUCCAAGAAUGUUAUGACCGGCGGCGAGAAUACCAGCUCUCUGACUCCGCUAAAUACUAUCUUACCGAUGUGGAUCGUAUUGCCACCCCAGGGUAUCUCCCAACCCAACAAGACGUCCUGCGGGUCAGAGUCCCAACAACUGGGAUCAUAGAAUACCCCUUUGAUCUUGAGAACAUUAUAUUCAGAAUGGUGGAUGUUGGUGGGCAAAGGUCAGAAAGGAGGAAGUGGAUACACUGCUUUGAAAAUGUAACUUCCAUCAUGUUCUUAGUAGCUCUUAGCGAAUACGACCAAGUACUGGUGGAAUCUGAUAACGAGAACCGUAUGGAGGAGAGCAAAGCCCUUUUCCGGACCAUAAUCACCUAUCCCUGGUUCCAGAAUUCCUCUGUCAUCCUCUUUCUCAAUAAGAAAGAUCUCUUGGAAGACAAGAUCAUGUACUCGCACCUUGUGGAUUACUUUCCAGAGUUUGAUGGCCCGCAGAGAGACGCUCAAGCAGCCCGGGAAUUUAUCCUCAAAAUGUUCGUGGAUCUCAACCCCGACAGCGAUAAAAUUAUCUACUCUCACUUCACCUGUGCCACAGAUACGGAAAAUAUCCGGUUUGUCUUUGCCGCCGUCAAGGACACCAUCCUGCAACUCAACUUGAAGGAAUAUAACCUAGUCUGACCUUGAACGAAUCUGUCCUCUUCUCCCACCCUCCCAAUCCGCCCCUCCCUUAAUCUCCUUGGGAGACCUUUUGUCGUGAAGAAAAGUAAGACAAACGAAUCCCAUGAAUUUAAACCAACAGGAAAACAAUCUUGAUUUUUAAUGAUAUAAUGAUUGCAAAUUGUCUGA